GUUUUAUUGGCUGACUGACAGGGCCGGGAGUCCCGAUUGGUCCAUGGCCUGAGGCGACAGAUUCCGGAAAGGGGUAGAGCAGCCAAUAUGGCGGCGGAGCGCGGCGCGGGGCAGCAACAGUCGCAGGAGAUGAUGGAGGUUGACAGGCGGGUUGAAUCUGAAGAAUCAGGUGAUGAGGAAGGGAAGAAGCACGGUGGUGGCAUCGUGACAGACCUCAGCCAGCAGAGCCUGAAGGAUGGAGUAGAACAAGGGGCGGAAGACCCCGAAGAGGAACAUGAGCUGACAGUGGAUAUGGAAACCAUCAGCCUGGACCGAGAUGCAGAGGAUGUUGAUCUGAAUCACUAUCGUAUUGGAAAGAUUGAAGGCUUCGAGGUGCUGAAGAAAGUGAAGUCACUCUGCCUACGUCAAAACUUAAUUAAAUGCAUUGAGAACCUGGAGGAACUGCAGAGUCUUCGAGAACUGGAUCUCUAUGAUAAUCAGAUCAAGAAGAUUGAGAAUCUGGAGGCGCUGACAGAACUGGAGAUUCUAGAUAUUUCUUUUAAUCUGCUGAGGAACAUUGAAGGGAUUGACAAACUGACACAGCUGAAAAAACUCUUCUUGGUCAACAAUAAGAUCAGUAAAAUUGAGAACCUAAGUACCUUACAUCAACUACAGAUGCUGGAGCUGGGCUCGAACCGCAUCCGAGCAAUUGAAAAUAUCGACACGUUAACCAACCUGGAGAGUUUGUUUCUGGGGAAAAACAAAAUUACAAAACUUCAGAACCUGGAUGCACUUACCAACCUGACAGUCCUCAGUAUGCAGAGCAAUCGGCUAACAAAGAUUGAGGGUCUACAGAGCUUGGUGAACCUGCGUGAACUGUACCUCAGCCACAAUGGUAUCGAGGUUAUCGAGGGCCUGGAGAACAACAACAAACUCACCAUGUUGGACAUUGCAUCAAAUAGGAUAAAAAAGAUUGAAAAUAUCAGCCAUCUAACAGAACUGCAAGAAUUCUGGAUGAAUGACAAUCUCCUGGAGAGCUGGAGUGACCUUGAUGAGCUGAAGGGUGCCAGGAACCUGGAAACCGUGUACCUGGAGCGCAACCCCCUGCAGAAGGACCCACAGUACCGGCGGAAGAUCAUGCUGGCCCUACCCUCCGUGCGGCAGAUAGAUGCCACAUUCGUCAGGUUCUGAGUCCUCCUUGCUCCUCACCUGGUCCCUCUCCUUGAAAGAACUUCCCAGCCACGGUUUUUUAAUCCACCUAUUGCUCCUGAAGUCGUCACUAUACCAACAGUCACAACCCAAUGGCAAUAAUAAGGCACUGGUGGUAGUUGGCCUAUGAUGCCACACACCAUUUGGAGAUGCCAACACUAUUAAAUCUUGCCACGCGGUCUUCCUGGUGAAUUGGUGACGGUUAUUAUAGCCAUGGAGAAAAUGCAGGACAUGUUACAGUCAUUUGUUCUUCUUGUCUGUCUAUGUCCUUAGCCUGGUGGGCAUUUCAGGCUGCUACAGCAGGCCCUCAAGUCAGUUUGCAGGGUUUAAGCAGUCAUGACCCACAACAGCACAUUUGAUAGUCUUUCAGACCAAUUUUGGAAAGAAAAAAAAAUGUAUUUAAAAAAAAUUGAGUAAAAUCUGGUCGGAUCUCAGAUGCUGUAGCCCUUUGAGCCUUCCCAUCAUGAGCACACUGGGCACUAUAUGACCCUGUUCCCACUUGGUGAGAGCCGAGAUAUGGAGAGUGUCAUCACACACCCCCAGCUGUGCUGAAACUAAGUGGUUCUUAAAAACAUAAGUAACUAAGCUCUCGGCCACUAGUCACAUGGCCUCCUAUUCUUACCCAUGAUCCUCUUGGCCUUAUUAUAUGACAUUUCUCUGAGCAAACCACUAGGGCAUGAAUCUAAUGCUGCAAAGGCAUUGUCAUCCCUGGGAGCCUCAAAUCUCCUGUUUCACACAGUAAGGACUGAAUAUGGUCACCGCAGGCUCCUCAGCUUCCAGGAUUCUCGUUCUACACAGUCUAAGAUGGGACCCCUAACUGCCAUGUGUGGCAGUUACUGUUCAUAUCUGAGUCCGUUGAAUUUAUUUUAUCAUCAUUUGUGCUCACACUGCGUCUCUUCGUUUCCGUCAUUACAGAAGGUUCUAGGCAGCACUGCUCUAGACUUUGUUCAGUAUCGGGACAGCCUGCCUUGUGCUGUGAAGCCUGUGCCCAGGUGUCCAAGCUAACCAGUUGGCCAGCUGACAAGGAGUUUGUAACAUCAGAAUGCUUACAUGGGACUUAACAUCCAUUCACUAUUCUAAUUCUCACCAAAAUAAACUGUAUGAUCUGAAUCUGUGCGGCAUCUCCCUGUCAUGAAACAAGCUCUUAGCAAGAAAAGGUGGAACAAACUCUUAGCAAGAAAAGGUGGGUGGAGCAGCAUGCCGAGAACAUUGUGCCAUAGCCCUGGGAGUUCAGAAGGACCGAAAUGUAGGUGUCUCCUCUGCAGCCACAGGAGCCCUACACUCGUGCACAUGAUUCUGUAGAGUGUGUAGAGAAGUAAUACUGAGGGAGCAGCAGGCACCAAAGUGGCACAACCAUCUCGAGGAUCAUCUGCAACAUUCAGUGGUAGGAGAAUCUUAACAGUUAAAUAGAGUGGGCAGGGGAAAUUUUCUCCAAGUGAAUUCAAAAUCUAGAAGUAGGAAGAAAUGUCAAAAAGUUAUUCCUUCUCUCUUUUCCACCUUCUUCUCGGAGAGGCAGCUUCGCUUCUGCCUCUCUCCCCACUUCUCUGCUUGUCUCUUUCUCCUCUUCUCUCUCUCUCUCUCUCUCUCUCUCUCUCUCUCUCUCUCUGUCCCCCCCCUUCACCCUUCCUCCUCCAUAACCCCCUAAAUAAACAUUUAACCUCACCCUAAAAAAAAAAGUUAUUCCUUAAGCCAGCAGUGGUGACACGUGCCUUUAAUCCCAGCUCUCUGGAGGCAGAGGCAGGUGGAUCUCUGAGUUUAAGGCCAGCCUGGUCUUUCCAGUUUCAGGACAGCCAGGGCUGUACAGAAAGAAACCCUGUCUCAAAAAAAAAAAAAAAAAAAAAAAAAAGUUAUUCCUUAAAAUAGUUCUAGGUCCCAGAAAGAAUCUCCAGAGUGGAACUAGCUAAAAGUUCAGUUUACAUUGAGAAUGCUCCUGCUAAAAAUAUGGACAAAUAUAAUGUGAAAAAAGAAAACACUGCUUUUACAUAGGAAUAUAAAUGCAAAAGUCUUAAAUAAAAGAUCAGCAAGUCAAAA